CAUCUUGUCAGCGGUUGGUGGAAGCUGCGGCUGGCUCCGUAGUCUGCGAUCUGGUGUGGUACGGCCUGGUCGCUCGUGCACCCCGCAGGCCGCGUGCUGCCGCCCUGCCCCGGGCCUGAGCCGCUAUGGCCAACAAUAGCCCCGCCGUCGGCGCUGGGAACUGCCAGGGGCAGCAGACGGCCCAGCACCAGCCCGGUGCCGUCCCACCGGCCCAGCAGCAGCUGCAGAGCGGAGCUCCCAAGCUGGCGGCCUCAGGCAAGCAGGGCAAUGUGCUGCCACUGUGGGGCAACGAGAAGACCAUGAACCUGAACCCAAUGAUUCUCACCAACAUUCUCUCGUCGCCCUACUUCAAGGUGCAGCUUUAUGAGCUGAAGACUUACCACGAAGUGGUGGACGAGAUAUACUUCAAGGUUACGCAUGUUGAACCAUGGGAAAAGGGGAGCAGGAAAACAGCAGGCCAGACAGGGAUGUGUGGAGGGGUGCGUGGUGUUGGAACUGGAGGAAUUGUGUCUACUGCCUUUUGUCUGCUCUACAAAUUAUUUACACUGAAACUCACCCGUAAGCAAGUGAUGGGCCUUAUAACUCACACAGACUCUCCAUAUAUUAGGGCUCUUGGAUUUAUGUAUAUUAGGUACACACAGCCACCUACAGAUCUAUGGGACUGGUUUGAAUCCUUUCUUGAUGAUGAAGAGGAUCUGGAUGUGAAGGCUGGUGGAGGUUGUGUCAUGACCAUCGGGGAGAUGCUUCGUUCCUUCCUCACUAAGCUUGAAUGGUUUUCCACGUUAUUUCCAAGAAUUCCUGUGCCAGUCCAGAAAGCCAUUGACCAGCAAAUUAAAAGCAGACCUAGAAAAAUCAAGAAAGAGUGCAAGGAGGGAAUGGAAGAAAUAGACCGGCAUGUGGAACGUAGACGUUCAAGGUCUCCAAGACGAUCCAUCAGUCCCAGAAGGUCUCCCAGAAGAUCCAGAAGCAGAAGUCAUCAUCGGGAAGGUCAUGGAUCGUCUAGCUUUGAUAGAGAACUAGAAAGAGAAAGAGAACGGCAGAGAUUAGAACGUGAAGCUAAAGAGAGAGAAAAAGAAAGGCGGAGAUCUCGAAGCACCGAUCGCACACUAGAACGAAGGCGGAGCAGAAGCAGGGACAGAUACAGAAGCCGUAGUCGAAGUCGUGACAGGAAAGGAGACAGAAGAGACAGGGACAGGGAGCGAGAGAAAGAGAAUGAACGGAGCAGGAAAAAGGAGAGGGAUUAUGAUAAGGAAAGAGGAAGCGAGAGGGAAAAAGAUCGCUCUAGAGAAAGAUCAAAAGAAAGGAAAAGUAAGGGUGAUACAGAAGAGAGAAGACACAAAGAUGACAAGGAUGACAAGAAACACCGGGAUGACAAGAGGGAUUCCAAAAAAGAGAGAAAACAUAGUAGAAGUCGAAGCAGGGAAAGAAAGCAUAGGAGUAGGAGCCGAAGUAAGAACACAGGUAAGCGCAGCAGAAGCAGGAGCAAAGAGAAAUCAAGUAAACAUAAAAAUGAAAGUAAAGAGAAGUCAAAUAAACGAAGUAGAAGCAGAAGCAGAGGAAGAACAGAUAGUGUUGACAAGUCCAGAAAACGAGACCAGAGUCCCAGCAAAGAGAAGUCUAGAAAGCGUAGCAGAAGCAAAGAACGUUCCCACAGACAUGAUCACAGUGACAGCAAGGACCAUUCGGAAAAACAUGACCGUCGAAGGAGCCAAAGUAUGGAACAAGAGAGCCAAGAAAAACAAGAGAAAAACAAAGAUGAGACUAUGUGAACUCUUUGAGAAGUGGAUCACAUUGAAUCCUAUAAAUGUUUGAUUAAAUCCUGCUUAUUUUUUCUUAAAGUUGAGAUUGUGCAGUAGUUGAUGAGCACUCUUCUCCAACCUCCCUCUAGGCUGCAGAUUGUCAUUUCCUAUUUUGGGUAGGGAAGUGCCUUUGUAAACCCAUUCAAUGCAUUGACGGUUUCAAACCAUUUGUUUAGUUUAAUUCGUAAUGCAGAGAUUGUUCUUGAAUUUUUAUUGUUCAGAUAUUUCUGAAAUGUACAGUCUGUACAUACGUCCUGAAAAUGUUUUAAUUCCUUUGGCAUGGUUGCCAUGUUGGUUAAAUUUGUAUGAGGCAAUAAACUGCCACUAAUUCUACUUUUAUUUUGUAGAUGUGGAAUUAUGGGUUGUAUCCUGAAGUUAAUGUUGCUGUGCUUUACAUAAUACAUCUUUUAGGGAUGGAUCUUGAAUGUGUAUUAUAGCUGAGAUAUUUAUGUGCAUACAACGUACAUUGAGGGUUGCAGAUUUAGAACUACCAUGGAUGUCCACUGUACCUGCUGGUUUUUUUUUUUUUUUUUUUU